AUGGCUAACGCUUCGGGUGCUGCUAUCAAUGGUCUCAACCUCGCGGGCGGUGCGGCACCAGCGGGUGGACAACCGGGCCCACAGGGCCAGGCCGGGACGCAGCAGCAGCAGCAACCUGGUCCUCAGCAGCAGCAGCCCGGCAACCAGCCCGGCGGUCAGCAGGCUCAGCAGCAGCAACAACAGCCUGGUGACCAACAAGCCCAGCAGCAGCAAGCCCAGCAGCAGCAAGCCCAGCAGCAGCAAGCUCAGCAGCAACCCGACGUUGGAGACAUCGCCCGUGCGGCCGAGCUCGAGCGCGAGCUUCGCGAGAUCAACGCCCGUCUCCUGGCAUCUGCUGCGAGCCAGCCACCUACCGGCUUCGGGCCGAUGUUUUUGUCCAAGGACGCCGCUGCUGCAGGCCGCGAGCAGAUCGCUGCCAAGGCAGGUAUCGCACCCGCGGUCAUCCAACCCGGUUUCAUGGCGAACCCGCAGGCGACAGCCAUCGGCGAAACCGCGCGCAAAACCAUUCGUCGUCUGGGCUAUUGCCCCCUCACGUCACUCGACUCGGAGGCCCGUGCCCGUACCAACCAGGGAGAGCCGGAGAUGGUGAUCCAGCCGAACGGCACCCUGAAGGAGCGCGACCUCGAGCGCGGCCCCGAGCGGUACAUUUCCGAGCGGCGCUGGCACUCCGCCAAGAAGGUGUACGUUCGCGUGCUCCGGGAGGAGGCUGCGUCCACCGGCGAGGGCACCGCGGACGCGUUCGAGAAGCAUUUCGAGAUCUGCGAAGGCUUCAUCGAGUCCCACGGUUUCUCGGUGGCGUUGGCCUACGAUAUGAAGCAGCGCGAGCUCCAUGCGGCGGAGAAGCGCCACGAUUUAUCGCUUUUCAACACCGAAGUCCUCACGCUCGUCGCUACUGCGAAGCGGACGGCAGAUGCCGCGUUCCCGGCUCAGGUCCCCGUCCCCGCCGCUCGCAGGAACCCGCGCUCGUCGCCGCCUACCACGGGUGGCUCGAGUCGUCCGGCACCCGCACGCGGCACCGUGAAGUGCUUUCGCUGCAUCGAGCUCGGCCACAUGCCCAUCACCUGCCCCGCCGGCCCGGGAGCUACCACCCCGGCCGGCAAACCCGUCUGCAAGCUCGCCAAGGUCACGCCCCUCGAUGCAGAUGCCAUCGAGGCUCUCCUGGUCAAGCUUCACCUGUUCGAUGAUUGGAAGCACGUCGUCGACAGUUUACGCUCGGGGUUUGAUGCGGGGGUGGACACGUCGCUUAAAAGUACCUACUCUCCUGAUAACCACAACUCUGUUAAUCUCGAUCCUUCAUUUAUUGAUUCAUAUAUUGCUGGCGAGCUCGCUGCCAACCGUUACGCUGGUCCAUUUGACCCACCUGUGCUCGAAGACGUCAUCGGGCCCUUCCGCACCAACCCCCUCGGCCUCGUACCUAAACCGGGCACCGACAAGCAUCGCAUGGUGAACGACCUCUCCCACCCACGCAAGGGCAAGCCUAUCGAGGCCGUGAACGUCGCUAUCGAUCGGGAUCGUUUCCUCACCGAGUGGGGCGAUUUCAAGGCAAUGUCCGACACCGUACUCGCUGCACCCGCAGGCUCCAUGGCCGCCACCUUCGAUAUUUCUGCGGCAUAUCGUAUCACUCCGAUUCGGCCCGACCAGCAGCACGUGCUAUGCAUCCUGUGGCGUGGCAAGGUGUACGUGGACCGUGCCGCCUGUUUUGGCAUGGCCUCCAGUUCGGGCAUCUUCGGCGCAAUCGCCGACAUGCUCGUAGCCAUCUACAAGGCCUCGGGCUUCCGCAUCGUCCUCAAAUGGGUUGACGAUUUCGUCGUGUUCCGGAUGCCGGGUGAUGACUUUGACGAGCACGACUUCACGCACCUAACGGAAGUCCUCGGUGUCCCUUGGGCAGUCGCCAAGACGCGCUCCUUCGCGUAUCGCCAGAAGUACAUCGGUUUCAUCUGGGACCUCGUGCGCAAGACGGUCUCGAUGCCGGAAGACAAGCUCCAGGCCUUGCGGGACCUGCUGUCGUCAUGGCUCGUGCCUGGGGCCAGGUUCGACGCGCGCGAGGCUGACUCACUGCACGGGAAAGUCGUCCACGCGGCGACGAUUUUUCCCCUCGUGCGCCCUUUCCUUCCCUCCAUCUCUGCCUUCCCUCGCAAGUUCACGAACGGUCUCGUUAAGCGCCACCCUUCCGGCCCUGUUCUGAAGGAUAUUGAAUGGAUUCUCGACAUUCUCUCCUCCACCCCCAACGAGAUAUCCCUCUCGUACGACACCCCCUUGGACAUCGGCUGGUGGGGCGACGCGAGCUCGUCCUGGGGCAUUGGCGUCGUCGUAGGGUCGUUUUGGGCCGCAUGGCAAUGGGCGGGGGGCGUCACCGUCGGCCCAAAGGCGGACCGCGAUAUCGGGUGGGCCGAGGCGGUGGCAGUCGAGCUCGGGCUGCGUAUGGCCAUCCAUCACGACCUGCUCAAGGCACGGCCGGUGCACCGCUCGCGGAUUUUAGUGCGGUCGGACAACAUGGGUGUCGUCGCAGUCGUGAACAAGGGUCGCUCGCGCUCCGCGAGCACAAACGACGUGCUGAAGAGCAUCUUUCGGCUACUCACGGCAGAGGGUGUACUGCUCUCGACCGAGUACGUUGCGAGUCGCGACAACAUCACCGACGCCCUCUCGCGUGGCGACAUCCCCUCCUUCCUCGCCGGCUUUCCCGGAGUUCCCACGGUCAUGAAGACCUCGGCGAUACGCCUCAUUCCCGCCGAGUGCGCGGGCGACACGGCAACCAUUGUGAACCUUAAAGCUCUCCCGCUCAGACCUUCUCCGCUUCGGCCUGAUGUACCUGCGAAUGAACGUAUCUACAAGUGGCGCGGUGUCAACACUCCUCCUUCCUCUGUACUGCCCAUCGCGAUUAUCGAGUAUCUGUAUAUGCGUGCCCGAAAUGAAUCUCUCGCUCCGAAAACUAGUUCAGGUUACGGCUCGGGCCUGCGGAAAUUCCAUGUCUUUUGUGAUAUUCACUCCAUCCCUGAGAGAGCCCGCUUGCCUGCCUCCGUCGCGGUGCUAAACUCGUUCGCUCUGUGGUCGGCUGCAGACCCGGACCCGGCAGAUCCCGCCUUCGCUCAAGGCGAAUAUUACGAACCUGUCAGCAUCCCAACAGUCAAAUCGUACCUCUCGUCGGUCUGUGCAUGGCAUAUUAUCCAAGGGUGGCCCGACCCGCUCUCGGAACAGAAUCACAAGGAUAUCGAUUUCUGCCUGCGCGGUCUUCGGAAGAUGCAGCUCGUCAAGCGCAGUCACCCUCCACGCCCACCCGUCACCCUCCCCAUGCUCUCAGCCCUCCGGUCUAGCCUCGACAUAUCCAAGCCCUACGAUGCCUGCCUCUGGGCAAUUGCCACAUGUGCCUUCUGGGGCAUGAUGCGCUUCGGCGAAGCAACCGUCGACUCGCGCAAGGACUACAGCCCGGAGACCAAGCUCGCCCGCAAGCACGUCUUCUUCGGUCGCGAUCUGGACGGGAAGCCGUACGCGCGCCUCGACCUGCCCACGGCGAAGACGGCCAAAAACGGGGAGAUCCAGAAGAUCUUUUUGACCGAGCAAGGCGAUUACUGCCCAAUCGCGGCACUGCAGAACCUCGCACGUGUCGUCCCGGCAGAGGCAGACGACCCGCUCUUCUCCUGGGUCGAUAGAGCGGGAGAAAUACGCCCAAUGACGCGCAGCGCGGCUCUCGCGAGCCUCAACGCGAUAACUGAGCGGCAUGGCUGGGGCACGGCCUUUGGCCACUCAUUUCGCAUCGGUGGCGCCUCAUUCUACCUCGCGCAGGGCGUAAGCCCGGAAGUCGUACGACUUGCCGGGAGGUGGAAAUCGCUGGCCUAUGAGGCGUAUAUACGCGCUUUCGAGCUGGUCGCGUCCCGGCAUAUGGCCGGCCUCGGGGCAGGGCGGCAACCCGUCGUGCGACCCGCAUCGGCUCUGGUUGGGUGA